AUGAACAGUGUUGGAGAAGCCUGCAAUGAUCUAAAGAAAGAAUAUGAUGCAUGUUUCAACUCCUGGUUUUCUGAACAUUUUUUGAAAGGGAAUACCAAUGAUUCCAUGUGUGCCCCAUUGUUCAAAGUAUACCAACAAUGUGUAAAAAAAGCCAUGAAAGACCAAAACAUUGAUAUACAAGAGGUUAAGAAAGAUAUUUUAGGCACUGAUAAUGAAAAGAAGAUACCCUGA